GUAGGUCGGAGCUCGGAUGUGGAUGCGGGUCCAGUCGAGUCCGUUCCGACACGUUACGGUGCGGUCCGGUAUCCGUGGGGCGUGGCCGGCAAUAAUCACUGUGAUCUCUCCGUAUCUCCCUCUCGCUGGGCGUGAAACCAAAGAAAAUCCAAUGAAAAAAAUGAAAUAAAUCGGAAAAGCGGUAGGAAAGUUGCGCCGGCGCAUGGAAAAUCCUUUAAAUGUGUUUACCCACCAAAAGCGGCGUGAGUUUAACCAACACAAUGGGUUGAGAGAUGGGCCAAGCCGGGCGCCCGGGAAGUUCCCCGUUCCCGUUUCCGUUCCCGGAGCGGACUCACCGCCCCCGAAAGAGUUGCAAUCCGGCGGCGUGACCUGUGUGACACUUUCAUUUGGCGGGUUGACGCCCACUUGAGGUCGAAAUCGAAAUUUAACGGAUGCUUAGUGCGGCAGCCAGAUGCCCCGGCCUCCGAGCCGGAUUUCGGUCAUCAUUGCGGUAAGCCAUAUGUGCCGAACGCCCCUCAUAAUGAGCGCAGCGAGAUCACUGUGGCUCUCGGAAUAUGGAAUAGGGAAUCCAGACAGCUCCAUGUAUUUGUGUGCUGGCAAUUGCCAGCCAACCACAACAACAGCAGCCACAACAACACCAAUCGAGCAACAGUUCAGGCCGCAACAACAACCAUCCGGCAUGGCCUCUGCUUCGGCCUGCCCCACGCCUGUCCGCCCCCUUCCUGGCCAGCGCUUGUUGUUGUUGCUGUGUGUUGAGAGGCGUAGCUAAAAACUGGCAACCAGCGGCGAGGGACAUGAGCCAGAGCGAGAGGCAGCGAGCACCAGUAGGCAAAGGCAAGCGUGCGAUAAGGUUAGCUACAGCAGAAGCAGACCCAAAGCCGACCGCGCAGGAGAGUAGGGGGAGAGUGGGCUUAAAGAGAGAGAUAUAGAGAGUGGGGAGAGCCCCCAAAGAGAGAGGGAGAGCUUUGGGGACCGGGAGAGCUCCCCAGCAUUUGAAUUUGAAGCUGUACAUGAUGAUUAUGAUUGUGAGCGGCGCUUGUGUAACGGCAUGUGGAGCACAACUGUAAUCGCCUGAAUGGGGAGAGCGGUACAGAGUGGGAGAGGAUGCGCCCUGGGAUUUGUUCUCGUUUGCGUGCAGUGUGUGCGGGAAUCUAAAAAACAUUUUUACGAUUUUAUUAUAUUUUGUUGUUCCGUAUUUCGAAAUUUAAAGCGCACGCCGCCGCGCUCGUCGAUCGCUCAAAUCAAAUCGCCUCAGUUUGUUUAAAAAACGCGCCGGACACGGACACGUACGUGGAUUGCGGCGGAUAAUCCCGGAGAAUCGAUUGAAUCGGAAUCGGAGUCGGCAUCGUAGUAAAGUGCACCUAACAGGGUGGUUCGUGCAUUGCCAGUGGCUUGCAAGUAUGACCAAGACCAGUAAGCCCAAGGACAAGGGGCCCAAAGCAGGGGGGAAUCUUCUGAAGAAGGCGGCCGAUAUGAAGAUCCUCACGGCCAAGUCCAACAAUAACAACAAGCAUCAGCAACAGGCCAAGCAGCAAGGACGAACAACAGCGGCAACUGCUCAGGCAGCAGGAUCAGCCACAGGCGCGAAAGAGACGGCACUUGCGAUCGUAACGGAGGCUCAGCCCGAGGCAGCGACGCAGGCAGCGAGCGGGGCAGCGACGCCAGCAGAGCCACAGGCAGAGUCAGCAGCAACGACGACGGCGAAUUUAUCGUUACUUGAGACUCGUUCGCAGGCUCACACAGCAGUUGACAGCGAAACGAAGCAGUCGGUUGACGCCACAGCACCAGCCACAGAAACAGCAAUAGAUUCCGGAGCGGCAAUCAGUGACGAUCGAAGUGUGAUAAAUCCUAAUCAGCCGGAGAACGACGCGAGUGAAAGUGUUGAUAAUAAAAUCAAAGUGAUCAAUUAUGCGCAUCAGCAGGCAGAGGAGCAGCAACACCACCAGAUAUACGAGCAACAGCAGUUCCUCAACCAGCAACUUCUAAGCCAACAGGAGCAGCAGCAGCAACAGCAGCAACAUCAGCUGGUCCAGGAGCAGCAGCAGCAGCAGCAGCAACAGCAUCAGGCUCAUCCGGCAGCCAGUUGGCUGGCCUACGAUCUGACCAGCGGUUCAGCGGCAGCAGCGGCGGUGGCAGCAGCAGCGGGAGCCGGAGCAGGAGCGGUAUCGGUACCAGGAGCGGACAAGCCGGACCUGUACGCCUUGGCCGCCUCGCACCACUUUUUCGGCCACUUGUCCCACUAUCCGUCAAGUCACCCGCCCGCACAGCUCUACGAGCAUUACGCCGCCAGCACGGAUCCCAUAAUGCGGAACAACUUUGCGCUGUACAGCUUCUACGGAGGUGGCGGCGGCGGUGGAGGGGGAGGCGUUAGUGAUCCCAGUCAUGAGUCCCUGCCCCAGCAUGUGGUGGCAGCAGCCCAGGCGGCGGCAGCGGCAGCAGCAGCCGCCCAGAGCUCCACGCCCAACAUCGACGAAGUGAUCCAGGACACGCUCAAGGACGAGUGCUUCGACGAUGGACACAGCAGUAACUACCAUGUGCUGACCUCCGUCUCCGACCUGCACACACUUAAGGAGGCCAGUCCAGUGUCCGGGAUUGCCUAUGCGCUGACCCACGACCAGAUCAUGCAGCAACAGCAGCAGCAACUGCACCAUCAUCACCAGCAGCAGCAACAGCACCAGCAUCAGCAGCAGCAACUCUUCCACCAACAACAGCAGCAUCAGCACAACAACUCCGCCAGCUCCGUGGGAGGCGAUUCGCCCUCUUCCUCGCAUGCGCUAUCCUCGCUGCAGAGCUUCACCCAGCUGACCAGCGCCACCCACCGCGACAGUCUCUCGCCGGCGGAGCACGGCGGCUACUUCGGGGCGACGCAGCUGAGCCCCAGCAUGCAGAACAGCUCUGUCUACGCGGGUCCUUUGCUCACCCAAGCGGCCAAUGGCAUGCAGUACGGGAUGCAGUCGCCCAACCACAAUCACGCCCAUCUGCAGCAGCAGCAUCACCAGCAGCAGCAACAUCAGCAUCACCAGCAACAUCAGCAUCAGCACCACCAGCACCAGCACAACUCCAGCAGCAGCAGUCCCGGGCCAGUGGGUCUGCUCCACUCGAGCUCUUCGGCGGCAGCAGCAGUAGCAGCGGCCACGGCGGCGGUCAAUGGCCACAACAGCUCCUUGGAGGAUGGCUACGGAUCACCGAGGAGCAGCCACAGCGGGGGCGGAGGCAGUGGUAAUGGCAGUGGAGGCACCUUACCCGGCUUCCAGCGCAUCGUGCCCAGCAGCAGUGGAUAUGGCAGCAGCGUGGCCAAUGGGCCAGUCAGUGGCGCCGAUCGUUACGCUCCGCUGGCCAAUUACCGCGGUCAGAACGAUGGCUGGUUUGAUCCCCUCAGUUACUCUCAGGCAGCUGGACAGGGCCAGCUGGGCGUUGGAGCCGGAGUGGUCACCAAUGUGAUACGAAACGGACGAGCCAUCUCGGCGGCCAAUGCAGCAGCCGCAGCGGCUGCGGACGGGAGCACGGGUCGCGUCGAUCCGGGCUCCUUCCUGUCCGCCUCGGCAUCGCUCUCAGCAAUGGCCGCUGAAUCAGGCGGGGAUUUCUAUAAGAACUACUCAUUUAAUGUGGCCGGCGGUGGCCGUAGUAAGGCCAGCACGAGCGCCGCCAGCUCGCAGGCCUCCGGCUCCUGUCCAGCCUCGGGUGCGACCUCGGCAACGGCGGCUGCGGCGUCGGGAACGGGAGCGGGAACGACUGCAGCCACAACGCUCGACGAGCAUGUUAGUCGCGCCAAUUCGAGACGCUUGAGUGCCACAAAGCGAGCCGGACUGUCCUGCUCCAAUUGCCUCACCACCUACACGUCGCUGUGGCGACGCAAUCCCGCCGGGGAGCCCGUGUGCAAUGCCUGCGGUCUGUACUUUAAGCUGCACAGCGUGGCCAGACCUUUGACCAUGAAGAAGGACACCAUACAGAAACGCAAGCGCAAGCCUAAGGGUACCAAGGGCGAAAAGUCCAAGUCCAAGAUGAAGAGCGCCCUGAACUCCACGCUGGAGAGUGGCUCCUUGUCGGUCAAUUGCCACAAUGUUGGCCUGGGAAUGGACAGCAGCCAGAUGGAUGUGAAUGAUGAUAUGAAACCACAGACAGAAAUGAAACCAUACAUGCCAUACUCAUCGCAGCAGCAGCAGCAACUUCAGCAGCAGCAGCAGCAACUCCAGCAGCAGCAGCAGCUGCUGGCUGAUCAGCACUCAUCGGCGGCCAGCUCGCCUCAUAGCAUGGCAUCCUCAUUAUCGCCCUCAGCCACAUCACAUCAGACGCAUUCGCUCCAGCAUCAGCAGCAGCUCUGCUCCGGACUGGACAUGUCGCCCACUUCGUCCUACCAAAUGUCACCCAUCAACAUGCAGCAGCAACAUCAUCAUCAUCAGCAGCAGCAAUCCUGCACGCCCGGCACGCCCACUUCCAUCUACAACGCAUCCUCUCCCACACAUAAUCUUCACAAUAACAACAAUAACACGCUAUUCAACAACAACAACAACCAUAGUAGUAAUGAGAAUAACAACAAACUCAUACAGAAAUAUCUGCAAGCUCAGCAGCUGAGCAGCGGGACCGGGAACGGGAGCGGGAGCAGCGAGCAUCAGCUGCUGGCGCACCUCAUGCCGAGCUCGAUUACGGCGGCAGCAGCAGCAGCGGCAGCGGCAGCGGCGGCGAUCAACACAAUCAAGUCGGAGGCCUUGUCGCUCACCUCGCAGGCACCAUCCUCCACGGUGGCGUCGUCGGCGGGAGUGGGCAACACGUCAACACCGACCACGGCAUCGAGCACAUUAUCCUCGCUGAGCCUCAACAACAGCAUCAGCAGCAACAGCAUUAUUAGCCUGCAGAAUCCCUAUCACCAGCUGGGACUCGGUCAGGCGGCGAUGCCGCUGUGUAAGCCGGGACACGGCUCACCGCCCUACUACCUGACGGCGGAGGAGGACGAGCAGCCGGCUCUAAUCAAGCAGGAGCAGAUUGAUCAACAGCAUCACCAACACAACCAUCAGCAGCAACAGCACGGAGAGCUAAUGCUCAACCGAUCAACCUCGCUGGACGAGCACUACGAGCUGGCCGCCUUCCAGAGGCAGCAGCAGCAGCAGCACCUCCAGCAGCAGCAGAUGGGACACCAUGACCAGCAUGUGGCCGCCACCAACUAUGCCAUGCACGCUGCACAGCAGCAGCUGCAGGAGAUGGAGCGCAAGUUUGGCGUGGAGCGGGAAACGGUGGUUAAGAUGGAGUAGGCCACGCUGCACAAGGAGGCUGCGAGAGCUGCCCUGCACCAGGACCAAAGAAACUGCUGUUACAUCAUAAAUCUCAUAGCUCCAAAGAAUUUAUAGCCCUUAGUCUCGCACGUAUACCAAGGGAGGCGUUCUCCAAGAACCAACCGCCGCCAAUCAAAAACUCUAUUACAUCAUUAUCUGUACAUAGCGCCUAAGCAAGUUGAUUGACAUUUCCACUUUUGGCGAAGUACGAAUCCGCCUACUACUCGAAAAUUUGUUAUUUAAAAACUAGUUUAAUUCUUAGCACAAUGCUAGCUAGCAUCAAAAAGCGAUUCGAUCCCUAGAUUAGUCCAAAUUUGUUAUCCAAUCGAAUACCCUUUGAGAUUUCCCACAAUCAAAUUCCACCUAGAUAUUAGCUUUUACUGUUAGUUAAGCCAGCAAACAAAGACAAAAGACACACAAAAAUCCAAAAGCAAAAACAAAAACAAUCGAAGUAACCAACAAUCUCAUGCAAUUUAGUUAGUAAUUUAUAUAUUUUUUAUACCAUUAUCGAUAUAAAUAUUUAAAGCAAUUUAAGUUUUAGCCUCUUACAUUCUCUUUUUGCAAUAUUAAUUUUAUUUCUUUUGAACAAAUAAAUGACGACUGUCACAUA